AUGACCAGCUUCCUAUCAGACCUGGUCCAGUACCGGGGGCUCUUUCAGAUGAUCACAAUCCUGGGGAUUGGUGGAACAUUCCAAAUUGGCUUUCAAAUUUCUACCAUCACCUACAUGUCUCAGCAUGUUAAGGCCUUCAUCAAUGAAACUUGGCUGGAGCGAUAUGGCUACCCCAUCCAUCAGGAUAACCUCUUGUUCCUAUGGUCUAUCACUGUGUCCAUCUAUGGUAUAGGAGGACUUUUGGGUUCUUCAUCAAGUAGAUACCUGACUGUCAAGUAUGGCAAAAAGAAAUGUCUCCUGUUCAACAAUCUGCUCAUGAUAGUGGGAGCAUCUGUCAUGGGCUGCUGUAAAACAGCCCAGUCCUUUGAGAUGAUUCUAAUUGGACGCUUCAUGUGUGGAAUAAGCGCAGGUCUUUGUGUUCCUCUGCACCACCAAUACGUUGGGGAAAUUUCCCCUAAGAAGCUACGUGGAUUUGCAAAUUCCACUUCCUCUUUCUUUUGGUCACUGGGAAAAGCCAUAGGGCAAAUUUCAGGACAAAGGGAGCUGCUGGGCAGCCAGUCCCUGUGGCCCAUGCUAAUGGCCUCGUGUGGAUUUCCAGCAGUGGUCCAGCUGGUCACUCUGCCGUUCUUCCCUGAGUCCCCCCCAUAUCUCCUCAUGCGUAAAGGAGACCCAGAAGGCUGCAAAAAAGCCGUAAGGCAGCUUUGGGGUGAAGGCCAUCACCAAGCAGAGAUUGAUGACAUCAUGAAAGAGAAGGCAACAAUGAAAAACACCAAGAUCCUGAGUAUCCUGGAGCUAAUCAAAGAACCAGCUUUCCGUUGGCAGCUGUAUACGAUAAUUGUUCUGACCGCCACAGUUCAGCUAUGUGGCAUCAAUGCAAUUUAUUUUUAUACUUUCGAAGUCCUGAAGGCAGCUGGUUUUGAUGAAAAAAUGAUCUCCUAUAUGACACUCUCUCUUGGACUCUCUGAACUUGUAGCUGCUGUAGUCUGUAGCUCCAUCAUCGAGCGACUGGGCAGGAAAGUGCUCCUAAGAGGAGGCUACUGGAUCAUGGGUUCACUGCUAGCUGCUAUCACCGUGACUCUCUCCCUACAGGACUGGUAUUUCUGGAUGCCAUACUGCAGCCUUUGUCUGAUUAUCUUGUUUGUAGUGGUCUUUGCAGUUGGGCCAGCUGGUUCCACAGUUUCUGUUAGGGUUGAAAUCUUCACGCUCUCCUGCAGACCACCUGCCUUUGCCAUCACUGCUGUUCUCAACUGGGUGGGCAUGUUUGUGAUUGGAACCACCUUCCCCUUCAUUGUGGAAAGACUCAAGCACUUCUGCUUCCUCAUCUCUAUGGGGGUACUUUUCACUUCAGGGACAAUUAUCCACCUGAUCCUUCCAGAAACAAAAGGAAAAUCAAUUGUGGAAAUCACAGAAGAGUUCGAUAAGCUAAACUUUAAAAAGAAACGUAUUCCAACUCCUUCAAACCAUGUCACAGAGGAUUAUACUUUCUGCACCCGGCUUUGA